AUGGACAAAAGACAGUUCUCUGAUCCCAACCCAUUUGAAGAUGCCAUCAAAGAGUCAAAUCUAACUACCAUCAAUACAGAUGAACUAUCGUCCACCAUUAGUGAUGAUGCCAUUGAUGCACUGAUGCAGGCAUUGGACAACGCGGCCCAAGGGAUUGAGGACGCGCAAGUGUUUUCAGAUGAUGCAUUUACCACCCCAGCUCCAUCCGAGGAAACCACAACGGAGGCAUUCUUCAUUCCCAUUGAUGGAGAUUUCUUGGAGCCAAGUGAAACUACUAUAUCUCCAGAUUAUGUUGUCCAAGUGGAAGAUUACGAAGACUAUGAUAGUCCUGUGUCGCUGUCAGAUAGGGUUGUCGAUACCAAGGAAUAUAACAUGACAUCCUACCUCACGGGAUUGGACACCAAGAUCAUAUUCUAUCUUACUGCGGGCGGAGCAACCCUACUUGACUGCUCAGUUUACGUACAGGACAACGACUUGUUUUCAUAUGAAAACGGAACAGUUUUGGAGGUGAGGUAUCUCCCAGCACUCUACUUGGUGGACGGUCGUGAAGAUUGUGGGUCAUUGGUGGAAGAGACCGGCACCACAAUAUUUGUGAGGUUUAUUGGAGCCAUUCAAAAGUCCGGGAAUGCAACGGUGGAUAUCAGUGAUACUCUUAAUUUCUCUGAACUUGAGGGAAGGUGUGUUGUGAUCAUGUUACUUGAAGUCACUGCCUCGGGAAAUGUGGUGACUGGAGGUGUUGAUUCUGGAAAUUCCUUACCUAGCACUCCAAACACUGAUGGGGACUCUUUAGAGAAUGCCCAAAAUCAGGAGGAUGAAGAUGUCGUGCAAGAUUUGGAUAAUGAAGAUGCUAACACUGACAUUGGUUCCAAUCUCCCAGCUGUAGAUCCCGAGGAUCCAUUGGCAGGCUUUCAUCCUGACUCACCAUCCGACAUACUUGAUGCUAACAAUGAGGACAGUAGUUCUAAUUUCCCACCAGAUUUGGGAGAAAUCGCCCAACCAGAUAGCGAUCCUAUUCAGAACAUGGAAGGUGUUGAGGACAUGAAUGCAGUGACAAAUCCAAGCGUGGAACAACAUCCGUCCCUAGAAACUGACUCCAUGGGCAACCAAGAUGGUAGCUCUAUUAAUGAUCAGGCAAUGAACGACAACGCAGAUAUGUUUGGAAACAAUAACGGAAAUCAAAACAUGCCUGGUGAAAAUGGUCAAAUGGGCAAUUUGGAUGGAGAUCCAGGCACUUUCGAGGACAAUAACAGUCAUGGUAACAAUGAUGGGGAAGGGCAAGGAGCUGUGCUUGGAAACAACAACGGCCAAGAUAUGCUUGACGACAAUAAUAGUGACGGUGAUAGCUCAAACGGAGUCAACCCUGAUAACGGCCUUGACAUGUUUGGCAACAUUGAUAAUCCCAAUAUGUUACAAAACAAUAAUAACAACCCUGAAGUAGAUCCAGAGAUGUUUGGGAACAAUGACAACCAAGGCAUGUUUGGAGAUGACAGCAAUAACCAAGGAGAAAAUCAGAACAUGGUGGGGGACAACAACCAAGGCGAUAAUCCUGAUAAUGAACAAAUGAUGUUUGGGGACAAUGGAAAUGAGGAUGGAUUCUCCAACAAUCAAGGAGGGAGCAACGACCAUGACAGUGAGACUAUGUUUGGAAAUAAUGACAACCAAUCCGGGUAUGUUUGGAAAUAA